AUGAGACGGGUUCUUGUGUGGAUCCUGAGUUGGUCCUCGAACUAUGGCUUUGUGCAUCUGUCUCAUUCCUGCUGUGACACUGACCUUUGUAACGUCCAAGAUGCUCCAGAUCCCAGCACUAACACUCCCAAUGGAAAGAAAUGUUACUAUUGUGAUGAACAGAACUGCUCAAACACAGUGAACUGUUCAGGGAGUGAAGACCGCUGCAUUGCAAUAAAAGAAUCUACUAGUAGAGUUGAUGGCAUCUCAUGUUGUGAGGGGAACUUGUGUAAUGACGUUUAUAGUGUCACCCAGAACAUCACUCAAAACACCACUCAUAAUGUCCCUCAAAACGUCACCCAGAUCAUCAACGUCACCCAGAUCAUCAACAUCACCCAGAUCAUCAACGUCACACAGAACAUCACUCAAAACACCACUCAUAAUGUCCCUCAAAACGUCACCCAGAUCAUCAACGUCACCCAGAUCAUCAACAUCACCCAGAUCAUCAACGUCACACAGAACAUCACUCAAAACACCACUCAUAAUGUCCCUCAAAACGUCACCCAGAUCAUCAACGUCACCCAGAACAUCACUCAGAACACCACUCAUAACGUCACUCAAAACGUCACCCAGAACGUCACUCAAAACGUCCCCCAGAGCGUCACCCAGAGCGUCACCCAGAGCACUAACAGCGCUAAGA